GAGGACUCAGUGGUUUCAAGCAGAACCACGAAAACCUCUGCGAUAACUCCCUCCAGCUGCAAGAGUGCCCGGAGGGAGGAGGAGGGGGCGGCGCAUCUGCCGUGCCCCCCACGCUACCUCAGUCCAUCCCCACCACGCCGGACAUCGAGAACGCUGAGCUCACCCCUAUCCUGCCCUUCCUCUUCCUUGGAAACGAGCACGAUGCUCAGGACUUGGAGAAAAUGCAGAGGAUGAACAUAGGCUAUGUAAUCAAUGUGACCACCCACCUGCCCCUCUACCAUUACGAGAAAGGCAUGUUCAACUACAAGCGGCUCCCGGCUACUGACAGCAACAAGCAGAAUCUCAGGCAGUAUUUUGAAGAGGCUUUUGAGUUCAUUGAGGAAGCUCAUCAGUGUGGAAAAGGUCUCCUCAUCCACUGCCAGGCUGGUGUCUCCCGAUCUGCCACCAUAGUUAUCGCGUACUUGAUGAAGCACACGCGCAUGACCAUGACGGAUGCCUAUAAAUUUGUGAAAGGCAAACGACCAAUCAUUUCCCCUAACCUUAACUUUAUGGGGCAGUUACUGGAGUUCGAAGAAGAUCUAAACAAUGGUGUUACACCGCGAAUCCUCACACCAAAGUUGAUCGGCGUAGAGACUGUUGUGUGACAGCCACGCUGCGAGGAGAUGGUGAAUGAAGGGGUUAACCUGUUCUUCACCUGAUUUGGGGCAGUGACGGGUGGGUUGUGGGUUUUUCUUUUUAGCUUUCAAGGGGGGUUUUGUGGCAAACUUUUUGUGAGUAAAAACCUUUUUUUUGUAAGGGAAGGUUUUUAAAAGAGAUCCAAGAACUUCACUGCGUUUGGGAUGCUGUUGUGAUUUCCUUCCCAGAUGCAAGCAAAGCAGGGAGGCUUCGGAGCAAAAGGAGUACUCUUCAAAAUAAAAAAGACGAGAAGAAGACAUAUUGGGCUUUUUUUUUUUUCUUUUUAAUUUUUCCCUCCUCUCCAGUUACUUGUAGAGAUUAUGGCUAAGUAGUCUGUGCAGGUUCAUAGACUGAAGAAACUUAAGUUGAAGAUGAAGCAUAAACAGAUAAAACAAAACAGAAAAAAACCUCCCUGAAACAUAAGGGCCUUCGUUCUGCAAAGGCUUUGCUAAAGAUAACCUAGCAAAACACUCACUGAUGCAAAGGAAAUCGGAGCAGCUUAAAAAGUCUGCAAGGCACUUUUCACACUCCUGACUCAAACUAAAGAAGAAAAAAAAUAAGUUUAUUUGGCGUGUUUCAUGUUCCAGUUCUAUUUUUCUAUUUUGGGGUGUAAGGUUUUAACAGUAAGGGACUUUGAUCAUUCUAUGCCAUAUGCCUUCACUGGCUUCUUGUGCAAUAAUAAUUUGGGGUUUGUUUUGAGUGUUCAAACCAAUUAGAGUUGGCUGCCCGCUAAUAAUAAGAUAAUUUUUAAAGUGUAAUAGUUCAACGGCAGCCGGCUUGGUUCAGAAAGGAUAAGUGAGAGCAACUGUUUCGUUCCUUUAUAUGGUUUUGAUCCUGGUUACAGUGCCAUAAACCUUGUUACAUAUGUAUAUCAGAAUGUACAAAAAUCGAGAACGAGCAAAGUUUAUUUAAAAAUAUUUUUCGCACAAAAUAUUGGUGUGUUUCAGUUGUCUAUGUAAAAAAAUUUGAUUAUAAAACAAAUUCUUUUGGAAAA